UGCACGCGAAUUCCGAUACCACCGUUUCCAACCCAUCGCCAAACGGUAGCGCAAUUGAUUGAGGCGCAUUUGACUUUCCUUAUCGGAACGGUUUCCCACUGUUGGUAUAAAAACUCACCGCAACAAGGCGAUAGCACUUUAUAGUGUGCUGGACACCUGGAGACGCGUGAACAAAAACGCAACAGUGGUUUAACAAGCGUGUACAAUGCAGUUUAAAAUGUCGGUUCUGAUUGGGAGAGCCGCGUUGCUGUUCGUGGCAUUGUUGGUGACACUGGAGACACCUACAGCAGUGGCUGAUCGUUUGCAACCGAAAGGAUAUCGCGAAACGGUUGAGAAGCUGCAAAAGUUUUACGUUAAGUUUGAGGACAAAGUCUCGCGGGAAUUCCGCCGAUGGAAGGAGGACGGCACCAUGUCGCGGCACUUCCAGCAACUGAUCCAAGCGUCCGCUAUUGGCAAAAGUGAACGAGCUCAGGAAAUACGCGAGCUGCCAACAACCCGAGAGGGUCCACUCUGUGCGAUCUGUCGCGGUUUCGGUGGUUCGGUUUUGGAGUUCCGUCGUGAAGGUGCCUCGCGAGAGGAAGUGUUCAACACGACGGUGGAACUGUGCACGAUGCUCAAUCUGCAGGAAGAAUCCAUCUGUCGCGGUUUGAUCGAACUAAACAUUGACCCGAUUCUGUAUAUUGUGGACAAUCGACCAGAUCUAACAUCGGCAUCGUUGUGCGCCGUCGUCUUCCAAUCCGGUGCAUGCGUACUAGACGAUCCUACCUUUACCGAGUGGGAGGUCGAUCUUGACUCGAACGGUACACCGGUGACAGCUUCCAAGACGGGUACUGCCCAACGUGGUCCGAAUGAUCUGAAGAUCGUCCAAAUUACUGAUCUUCAUUUCGAUCCGAACUAUCGCACCGGAUAUAAUGCGGAAUGUGGUGCACCGGCUUGCUGCCGCGAGUCUCAAGGCAUACCGGAAGAUCCUGCAGCAGCCUCCGGACAUUGGGGCGACUAUCGUAACUGCGAUACACCGUGGAAUGCGGUCGAAGAUCUUAUCGAUCGCGUAGCGGAAGAACAUUCCGAUGCGGACUUUGUCUACCACACCGGUGACAUCAUCGAUCACGGCAUCUGGGAGACUUCGAUCGGGUACAACGUACGGUCGAUUAAUCGUGUCAUUAGCAAGCUGCGUGACACAUUCCCCGACACACCUGUCUACAACAUUCUUGGCAAUCACGAAGCACAUCCGACGAAUGUGUACGAACUGGGUGAAGUGAAUCGUCCGGACUUUUCGACCAAUUGGCUGUACCACUUGUCCGCUGAUCUCUGGAGCCACUGGUUGCCACGUGCUGCUGAACAGACGAUCCGUCUUGGCGGUUACUACACUGCGCUGGUACGCCCGGGAUUCCGUAUUAUUGCACUCAACAACAACGACUGUUACACGUUCAAUUGGUGGAUCUUGUUCCAACCGGAUGCCCUCAAGGGACAGCUCCAAUGGUUGCAUGAUGUUUUACUGCAGGCAGAACGGGCCGGCGAAAAGGUACACAUCCUGGCCCAUCUUCCCAUCUCAUCCGAUUGUUUCAGUGUGUGGCAGCGCGAGUAUCGACGAAUCUUGGAACGCUUCCGUGAUACGAUCAGUGCUCAGUUCCACGGUCACACUCACAAGGACGAGUUCAAUGUGUUUUACGCCAGUGAAAACCCCGAGUUUGCUGUCGGUGUGGCGUGGAACGGUGGUAGCGGUACGGCACACACGAAUGUCAAUCCAAACUACGUAGUGUACUACGUUAACCCGGAGACUUAUGAAGUGACUGACUUUGAGUCGUACGCCUACAAUCUGACGUCCGCAAACUUGACACCGGAUCAGCGUCCUGACUGGUUCCGUAUGUACUCGUUCCAGGAAGAGUUCGGUCUAUCCGAUCUCAGCCCAGCCGGUGUAGAUGAGCUAAUUCAACGACUGGGAACACCAGCGGGACGCGACGAACUUCGCCGGUACUGGGAGUAUAAGGUGAAACUAGCGGAUGCAUCGCUUGCCAACGACUGUACUGAGGAUUGUCUACUAAAUCAUCUGUGUGAGAUCGUCACCAAUCAAGCGGAUGAUCUCCGUAAGUGCCAGGAACUGUCCGACACGUUUUUCGGUUGAGUUUCGGUUUUGCAAAGUGAUUACGUUUUAUAAACGUAGUGAAAAGAAAUACAACUAAUAUAUGAUUUAAAAAAAUGAAAUUAGCAAUGAAAAUGCAUUAUUUUACUUGCUGAUUGAUAAUUUAUAAUCGAUUCGUUAUUGACCCUGUAUGGAAUCAUUGGCCUUCAUUGACGGUCGUUUCAUUUCACGUAAUACCUUCGCUCACCGAUAUCACGUUUCGCGUGGGCUUGGUAAGAUGCUUCUUUUACGAGGUAUCAGCAAUCAAUGCUCCAAAAUAUACAUGUAACCGAUAAGGAACGCAACAUUUGACGUUGGUUUUUGUCGGUCAUGUUUUUAAGACAAAAUUUGAUUGAAUCAAUUCAAUGACAAUGAUCGCAAUAUCGUUCAAAGAUGUGAGGUAAGACUGAUAACGUUGAUAAC